AUGGCUGCCCCUCGAUUCGAUGGCUCUGACGCGACGAAUUGGGUGUCGAGAGUCCAGUAUUACUUUAAUCAUCUGUUGAUGCCGGAUGCACAGCGAUUACACUAUGCGGUGAUGUUGUUUGAUCCCCCGGCAUCAGAGUGGGUCUUUAAUUAUUGCGCGAACAACGAGUUCGUCACGUGGCAGGAGUUUUUGGAGGACGUACGCCAUCGCUUUGACAGGCAGAGUUUUCAAGACUAUUUUGGCUUACUGGCGAAAUUGACACAAACGGGGUCGGUGCUCGAGUAUCAUGAUACUUUUGAAAAGUACCUCAACCGGGUUCGGGGCAUUCCGGAGAAAAAGUUGUUCACGCUGUUCGUGGCAGGUCUGAGGCCUGAUAUGCAGGAACGGGUGCGCCUCCAUCGGCCGCCGUCUCUGGCUGCGGCAAUGGCCUUGAGCUUGGAGCUGGCCGAUUCUUUGGGCGACCGCCAGCCCCCACAACAAAAUGCUCGUCGACCUUGGCAGACUCGGGAUGGCCUUCAGGCAGGCCCGAAUGCGGGUCAACCACCGCCGCCCAUUGUUGCCAACCAGCCUCCACAGGCUAACCGCGGCAGUGCUCCAACCCCCUCCCGUCAGCCUCUGAUAUGCGUGUCCCAGGCUGAGAAGGCAGAGCGUGCGAGGCUAGGCCUAUGCUAUUUUUGCCCAGAGAAGUGGGUAAUUGGCCACGUGUGCAAGCAACGCCUCCUCUGCUAUGCCGAUAAGGCAGACGAAGGGGAAGCUGGCGACUUUGAAACACUUACUACGGAGGAAGACGCAGACACGGAGGUAGCACAUGUCCACACUAUGCAUGAGGGUAGACGUUCGCGACCCUUGAAGGUGAUUGGAACAAUUCGAGAACGGGAAGUAUGCGUUUUGAUUGAUACAGGGAGCGAUCGGGACUUCCUUCACCCGCGAAUUGCGGAGGGCUUACACCUACCUCUUUCACCCAUCCGGCCGUUUAGAGUGAUCGUGGGAAAUGGCGACGCGCUGCUUUGCUCGCACAUUUCGAAACAAACAAGAUUGGUGAUACAGGGGACAGAAUUUCUGGUGGAUUUGCACAUUCUUCCUGUACAUGGACCGGAUGUAAUUUUGGGGAUGGACUGGCUCGAGUCCUUGGGGCCGAUCACGGCGGAUUUCGCAGACAAGAGGCUGACUUUCUCACAAGGAGAUCGACGGGUAGUGCUGAAGGGUAUUGUGCCGCCGCCGCGUCGCGUUACUCUGAACGUCUUGUCCUCAUUAGUGCCGUCACACGAGGUGCUAGACAUGUUCGAGUUAUUAUUGUUGGACCUGGAGGCCGAUCAGUCAGGGCAGUCGGCGGGAGAGGAAUUUCCGGAGAAUCUCCCGUUCGAAGUAUUGGAAGUUUUGACACGUUUCCGUCCUAUUUUCAGUCUGCCAGCGGGAAUGCCACCGAAACGGCUUUUCGAUCAUCGUGUUCACUUGCUGCCGGGUACGCGACCCAUCAACGUACGGCCUUAUCGCUAUCCUUACUUUCAGAAGAAUGAGAUUGGGCGGCAGGUGAAAGACAUGCUUGAACAGGGCAUCAUUCAACGAAGCAACAGCCCGUUCUCGUCACCUGUACUCCUUAUUCGGAAGAAGGACGGAACGUUCCGUUUUUGCAUCGAUUACCGAGCUUUGAACAGUGCAACAGUCCCGGACCACUUUCCUAUCCCGACCGCUGAUGAACUCUUUGACGAGUUAGGGAAAGCUCGAAUCUUCACUAAGUUGGAUCUACGUUCGGGGUACCACCAGAUAAGAAUGCAUGACGAGGACGUGUUCAAGACAGCGUUUCGUACUCAUGAUGGCCAUUUCGAGUUUCUGGUCAUGCCUUUCGGGCUCACUCGCCAUCGACUUUUCAGGCUGCUAUGA